AUGGCUUCAUCCUCCAACCGAAACAUCAUCUCCAAGAAUAAAACUCCCAUCGCCGUUGCCGCCGCCCUAGUAUCAGCUGCUGCAGUAAUCACUUCCAUCUACCGUUCAGUAACCACCUCCAAGAUGUCUCACAACCUCCACCCCAGCCUCAAGAACGGCAUCACCAAGGGUUCUCCCAACUUCUCUGGUGGCAAGCUCCGCUGCAAGUGCUCCUCCAACCCUGUCGAGGUCACCCUCAGCGGCCAGGUCGCUCACAACCACGCCUGCGGAUGCUCCAAGUGCUGGAAGCCCGAGGGUGCUCUCUUCUCCGUCGUCGCUGUCAUCCCCCGCGACCAGCUCCAGGUCACUGCCAACGGUGACAAGCUCACCAUCGUUGACAAGAGCGCUGCUAUUCAGCGAAACGCCUGCCGUGACUGCGGUGUCCACCUGUUCGGUCGCAUUGAGAACGAUCACCCCUUCAAGGGUCUCGACUUUGUCCACGUCGAGCUCUCUGAUGAGAAGGGCUGGCAAGAGCCUCAGUUCGCCGCCUUUGUCUCUUCCAUCAUCGAGCAGGGCUUCCCUGCUGACAAGGCCAACGAGGUUCGACAGCAGUUCAAGGACCUUGGCCUCGAGUCCUACGAUGCUCUGUCUCCCCCUCUGAUGGACGCCAUCGCUUCUUGGACCGCCGCCAAGUCCAAGAUCUAA